UAUAGAAUUGGAAAGUUUUUGCAGCUAAACAAGUUUGUUUAUUAUUAUUAUUAUCAAGAUUCAAGAGUGAAAUCCUUUUAUCUUCCAAAUCCAUUUCAUUGGCGAAAUGGCACAAUUGCCGCCAAAGAUUCCAAACAUGGCAAGUAAUAAUUGGCCUGAGUUUUCAUCAAAUCAAAAUCAUCAUCACCAAAAGAUGCCUUCUCUCACAAGCAUUUCAACAAACACAAACCGCCACCAAAACCAACAACAGCAGCAAAACCCUUCCUGGGUUGACGAGUUUCUGGACUUCUCGUCGGCAAGGCGCGGGGCCCACCGACGGUCCAUGAGCGACUCCAUUUUCGUGGAAUCGCCCAGGCACAUUAACCACAGCAGCAGCAACGGCGACGGCGGCGAAGACGAGUUUGAGAGGUUUGAUGAUUAUCAAUUCAUGAACAUGUUCGGUGAUGAGGUAGUUUCCGGCGGUGAUAACAAUACUAACAACUCCAUGAAUAUGAUGACGAUGAUGACGAUGCCGCCGCCGCCGCCGCCGGCUACAAUGUCGACGUCAUCGAAUCCUUCUAGUUCUUCCGAUCAUGAUAGCAUCAACGAUAAUGAGAGAGAGACAAACAACAAAGAGAUCAAUAAGGAUGAUGAUCAUCAUCAUGAUCAGCAACAAGUGAAGGUGGAAUCCGAUGAAGAUGAAAACCAAUGCAAUAAUAAAGCUCAGGAUAAUGAUGAUGAUAGCAGUAAGAAUAACAAUAAUAACUCCAAUGCAAAUGCUGCUACUACAAAUUCCAGUGAAAAAAUUACAGACCCCAAGAGGGUAAAAAGGAUUUUGGCUAAUAGACAAUCAGCACAAAGAUCAAGAGUGAGGAAGCUGCAAUACAUAUCAGAGCUUGAGCGCAGUGUAACUUCAUUACAGGCGGAAGUUUCAGUAUUAUCACCGCGGGUGGCAUUUUUGGAUCACCAACGUUUGCUUCUAAAUGUUGAUAACAGUGCUCUCAAGCAAAGAAUCGCAGCUUUGGCACAGGACAAGAUCUUCAAAGAUGCUCACCAAGAAGCACUGAAAAGGGAGAUAGAGAGACUAAGGCAAGUGUAUCACCAACUAAACGUGAAGAAGAAUAUGGAAAUUGCUUCAGCCACAGUGUCACCUUCAAUAUCUCCAUCUUCGACAAGACCACGUUGUGAUACUCAGAAUAAUGAAAAGGAACAGCUUAUCAAUGUUUGAAUAAAAAAAUAAUAAUAAAAAGGUGGGAAAAAAAAACCCUACCCAAUACAAGACUCUCACCUUAUUAUUAGUACUACAUUGAUCAAGGGUAGCUAGGUAUAGCUAGUGUACAGUGUGAGUGAUUCUUUGUUUCUUUCUUUCUUUUAUUUUAUUCAAAGAGGAAGGAAUAAUAGUACCAAAAAAGAAAGAAAAAAUGAGGUGAAAUUAUUGAAAUUUAAAGGGGGAAAAAAAGAGGAAAAAAAAUUGUGACUUAUUGUGAUGUAAUUGAAUUGAAUGGUGUCACGUACUGUUGGGUAGUGAGGGUGGUGAGAAUUUUUAUUAGGGUAACUGAAUUGAUGGGAAAGAAAGUAAGAAAAAUGAGAGAAUUGAGAAGGGGGUCACAUUAUAUAUCAUAUAACAUAAUUAUGAUGAUUUAUGAUUUGGGAGG